UACAUUGCACUUUCUUUCAUGAUUUUCCCUUCACGGUCAGACCUAACAUCGCUUUGCAAGUCACUUUGGGAAGCCAAGUUAACUCGAGGCAGUUUAGACACACCUUCUUGUCAACACACCACAACUACGAUCGACAUCUGGGAUUAGCUGGCUCUACACCACGAUGCUUCCAUCAAUAACCACAAUAUUCCUCGCGGCCUUGGGCCUGGGAUCUCAAGCUCUGGCAGCUCCAUCGCCCCGUCAAGCGUCGGGCUGGUGGGCGUCAAGCAUCCAACGGCAAGGGGCGGCGGCCUUCAACGAUGACAAGAGCUACAAGGUGUUCCGCAACGUCAAGGACUACGGAGCUAAGGGUGAUGGCUCGAGCGAUGACACUGCGGCCAUCAACGCCGCCAUCGCAGACGGCAACCGGUGCGGCCAGGGUUGCAGCUCUCAAACGACGACCCCAGCGCUCGUCUACUUUCCGCCUGGCACCUACGUUGUCAGCACACCCAUCAUUCCCUUCUAUUACACGCAGCUGGUCGGUGAUGCCGCCUCUCUUCCGACUCUGAAGGCAUCCGCCAACUUCGCGGGCAUGGCUGUUAUCGAUGCCGACCCCUACAACAGCGACGGCAGCAACUGGUACACGAACCAGAACAACUUCUUCCGCCAGAUCCGCAACUUCGUUAUCGACUUGACUGCGAUGCCCGUCGAAGUCGGAGCUGGUAUUCACUGGCAGGUUGCGCAAGCCACCAGCCUCCAGAACAUUGUCUUCAACAUGCGCACGGAUGGCGGCGAGAGCAACAGACAGCAGGGCAUCUUCAUGGACAACGGCUCGGGCGGCUUCAUGAGUGAUCUCACCUUCAAUGGCGGCAACUACGGCGCCUUCCUGGGCAGCCAGCAGUUCACGACGCGCAACCUGACCUUCAACAACUGCAAGACGGCCAUCUUCAUGAACUGGAACUGGGAGUGGACUUUCCACGGUGUCAAGAUCAACAACUGCGGCGUCGGCAUCGACAUGGCCAACGGCGGGUCCACGGGCCAGACUGUUGGGUCUGUGCUGGUGCUCGACAGCGAGUUCACCAACACCCCGAUCGGCAUCAAGACGGCCUACGACCCCACCUCGCCCCAGACCAACGGCACGCUGAUUCUUGAGAACGUGGACAUGACGGGCACGCAGCAGGCUAUCUUCAGCGAUGCCACAAACGGCGUGCUUCUUCCGGGCAACCAGAAGGUCAACUUCUUCGCCCAGGGCCGGGCCUACGGCGGCACCGCUGGCACUUCCGGCAAGGCUAUUCAGGGACCUCAGGAUAAGGUGCAGAAGCCCGCUGCGCUCCUUGACUCGACGGGCAAGAUUGUCGCGCGCAGCAAGCCCCAGUACGAGAACGUGCCCGCGAGCAACUUCCUCAGCGUCAAGGCCAACGGGGCCAAGGGCGACGGUGUGACGGACGAUACGGCUGCGAUCCAGGCUAUCUUCGACAAGGCCACCCCCGACCAGAUCGUCUACUUCGAUCAUGGCGCGUACAUCAUCACCCAGACCGUCAAGGUGCCCAAGAAUACCAAGAUCACGGGCGAGAUCUGGCCGCUCAUUCUUGCCGGCGGCGACAGCUUCUUCAAGGACCAGGCCAACCCCAAGCCUGUCUUCCAGGUUGGCCAGCCCGGCGACAAGGGCGAGGUCGAGAUGUCGGAUCUCAUCUUUGGCACUGCCGGCCCCCAGCCGGGCGCCAUCCUGAUGGAGUGGAACGUUGCCGGCUCUAGCCCGGGCGCUGCGGCGCUCUGGGACGUGCACACCCGUAUCGGUGGCUACGCUGGCACGCAGCUCGAGCUCGAGCAGUGCGCCAAGAACCCGGACGUCACCAACCCCGUCAACCCGAACUGCUUUGGCGCCUUUAUGAUGCUGCACGUCCCCGCUGGCGGCAGUGUCUACCUCGAGAACACGUGGUACUGGGUUGCGGACCACUCUCUCGAGCCGUCCGCCAAGGAUGGACAGAUCGACGUCUUCAGCGGCCGCGGCGUGCUCAUCGAGGGCGAGGGCCCCGUCUGGGGCUGGGGCACCGCCUCGGAGCACUCGGUCCUCUACAACUACCAGUUCAACAACGCCUCCAACGUCUUCCUCGGCCACAUCCAGACCGAGACCCCUUACUACCAGGGCAACCCGGACGCGACGUCGCCGUUCAAGGUCAACUCGGCAUUCGCCGACCCGGACUUCGCCGCGUCGUGCGCCAACGACUCGACGGGCCAGUGCAAGCGCAGCUGGGGCGUGCGGGCCAUCAACUCCAAGGACAUCUUCAUCUACGGCGCCGGGCUGUACUCGUUCUUCGACAACUACAGCCAGGACUGCCUCAAGACGGAGUCGUGCCAGCAGAACAUGGUCUCGCUCGAGAGCAGCCAGGUGCACUUCUUCGGCCUGAGCACCAAGGCCAGCGUCAACAUGCUGACCGUCGACGGCCAGAGCGCCGCGCUGGACAAGGACAACCGGAACAACUUCUGCGCGACCCUCGCGUUCUUCCAGUCGGCGUAGGGCGCUCGACCUGGAGGAUGUGGUGGGCCGGGCCAAGGGGGGAAGACGUGACAGUUGCCGCCUGAGAGGGGUGAGGAAAUGAUGAGGGAUGGA